GGACAUGACGUGCGGAUUUGGCGCGAUAUUUUUAACAAGGAACUAUACGACAGCUGUUUAGCUCAACAACUAUUCCGAAAUAACUAAUUCGUUUUUAAAGCAGUCAAGCCGAUUCUGAAAUGUUUGUAACGGAUAUCAGAAAGGAGUUUUAUGACGUUGUUAUAAACCAGAGAGUAGCCCUCCUGGUUGCAACAGAUAUCGAUGCCCUCUGCGCUUGUAAAGUCUUGCAGGCCCUGUUCCACUGUGACCAGGUUCAGUACACACUGGUACCAGUUACAGGCUGGCAAGACCUCGGCACUGCCUUCCUGGAGCAUAAAGAGCAGUUUCGGUAUUUUGUUCUUUUGAACUGCGGAGCCAAUGUCGACCUUUUGGAGAUGUUGCAGCCAGAUGACGACUCCAUCUUCUUCAUCUGUGACACUCACCGGCCCGUGGAUGUGGUCAAUGUUUACAACGACUCCCAGAUAAAGCUGCUGAUCAAACAGGACGAUGACCUCGGCGUCCCAUCCUACGACGACAUCUUUCGUGAUGAAGACGAAGAGGCGGAUGACUCUGGGAAUGAGAGCGACGGCGGCUCAGAGCCUGCUGGGAAGCGCAAGAGAUAUGACGAGGGGGCGGUUGAGAGGAGGAUUGAAAGACAACGAGCGAAGAGGGAAUGGGAGGCACGGAGACGAGAGAUACUGUUUGACUAUGAGCAGUAUGAAUACCACGGGACGUCUGCUUCCCUGGUAAUAUUUGAACUGGCGUGGGUCCUGACGAAAGAUAAUAAAGACAUGCUCUGGUGGGCUGUAAUCGGACUGACCGACCAGUGGGUUCAUGACAAAAUCACUCACAUGAAGUACGUCACAGACAUCGCGACCAUGCAGCGCCACGUUUCCCGCCACAACCACAGAAACGAAGACGAGGACAACUCCCUCUCCAUCGACUGCAUGAGGAUCUCCUUCGAAUACGAUCUUCGUCUCACUCUCUACCAACACUGGUCCUUGUUUGAAAGCAUCUGCAACUCCACUUACACCUCCUGCAACUUUAAGCUGUGGUCUCUGAAUGGGCAGAAGAAACUGCAGGAGUUUCUGGCUGACAUGGGUCUACCCCUGAAGCAGGUGCGACAGAAGUUCCACUCCAUGGACAUGGUCAUAAAAGAGAACCUAAGGGAGGUCAUUGAGGAGUCAUCCAACAAAUACGGCAUGAAGGACAUCCGUAUCCAGACGUUUGGGGUCCACUUUGGGUUCAAGAAUCGCUUCCUGGCCAGUGACGUGGUGCACGCAGCCGCUGCCUUGCUCGAGAGCACGGAGAAGGACGAGAGUGCCAGUGACAACUUCAUCAAGGCCCUCGACUGUCUGUCUAGGAGUAACCUGGAACGUCUUCACCUGGGCAUUGACCUGGCUAAGAAGAAGCUGAUCGCCAUCCAACAGACUGUGGCCAGCUGCAUCUGUACCAACCUCAUCCUGUCCCAGGGUCCCUUCCUCUACUGCUACCUCAUGGAGGGAACUCCAGAUGUAAGGCUCUUCUCCAAACCCAUGGCCUUGACGCUGCUGUGCAAGUAUCUCCUGAAAGCUUUUGUUAGCUCUACGAGGAACAAGCGUUGUAAGCUGCUGCCCCUGGUCAUGGCCGCCCCGCUGGACGUGGAGAAGGGCACCGUCAUCGUUCUGGGGAUCCCACCGGACUCUGACACAUCAGACAAGAAGAAUUUCUUCGGCCGGGCUUUUGAGAAAGCUGCAGAGAGCACAAGCUCCAGAAGCCUCCAUGACCACUUCGACACUUCUAUCAUUGAGCUGAAGAUGGAGGACAGGACCAAGUUUUUGGAUGCAUUGAUCACACUCUUGUCAUGAGCACCUGAAACAUCGUAAUAAGGAUAUUAAUUGGAGAUUGGUUAAAGAACGCUGAGGGUAAUUGUAGCUGGUGACCAGAAGAUGUUGGUUUGUCACGGAGUGUAUGCAAUGUUGUCACAUCAGUUUUAGGUUUUAGUGUAUAUUGUACAGUGUGUUUUAUACUUUUGUUUUAUCCUUCUCCCUUUUUAAGUGUUUUAAUCAUGCUUUUAAGUCAUUUGUAUAUAAGGUGUUUAAUACGUUUCUCUGUGAAUAUUAGUGUCAUCCGCCAUGUGUGUUCGGUUUAAUAAAUUACAUUUAAAUAAACUAAGACUGAGACAUC